CAGUCACUCCGCAGUCCGCCGCGUGGAGCCAAUGCACUCGACGACGCAAACGAGCGCCAACGCGAACCGUGCCUUACUAUACACACACUGCUUAUCGAAAUAACAUUGAUUCAUUCAAAGUUCCGUGGGCCGAUAGACUCCCACGCGCCUGUCUCGACGUGUAAAUAACUUGCAAAAUGCCACUCGUUGUAUGCUCGGCGUAGAUCUAUAUAGUCACGUAGAAAAGCCUCGCCCUGUAUAUAUACCUGCGGCGAUCAGUGUCGAUAGUUUUGUAUUCGUUGCCUAGUCAAAGAGUUCACUGCAGCAAACAUGUUUGCGACGUUUUGGAUCGGUUUCGCUUGGGUCUUCCGCAUGCUGCAGAACGCUAUUCUCGGAUACUACGAUUUAAUUAUAGUUACGGCUCUCAUAACUAAUGGUGCUUACGUUUAUCAACGAAUCAAGAACUACUGGAAGGCCAGUCAGAGCAACGUAAACAGACACGAAAAUGGAGCGCUUCAUGGAAAACACGUAAUUAUUACAGGAGGCUCUUCGGGAAUUGGAAAAUGUUUUGCCAUGGAGGUAGCCCGUCGCGGGGCCAAUAUCACCAUCGUCGGUCGCGACAACGAGCGCUUGAAACUGGCCUACGAUGAAAUUAUUCAACACUGCAAGAACCGCAAAGAUCAAAAGAUCGAGUGUCUGUCGUUGGACGUCGCCCGAUCCGCCAUCGCAGUCGCAACGGCCUUCGCGGACCACGAGGCUCGCCUGGGCCAGUGCUACAUGCUCGUCAAUUGCGCCGGCAAUGCGGUGUGCGGCAAAAUCGAGGAUACCGCCGAGAUGACGCUCAAGCACAUGCUCGACGUCAAUCUCGUCGGCUCUUACAAUUGCGUAAAAGCCAUAGUUCCGGGUAUGAAAACGGCCAAGGAGGGAAAGAUCAUUUUAGUUGGAUCGCAAGCUUCAUUACUGGGAAUAUACGGGUAUUCCGCCUACUGCGCGAGCAAAUUUGCAGUGAGAGGAUUAGCCGAGAGUUUGUCGAUGGAGUUAAAGCCUUACAACGUAUCGGUUACCUUGGCGCUGCCACCGGAUACUGACACCCCUGGAUUCGCGGUCGAGCAAGAAUCCAAACCAUUGGAAACUAAACUAAUAUCCGAAAGUGCCUCUCUCGUACAACCAGAAGUCGUUGCUCAGCAAAUGUACAAAGACGCUAUGGCUGAGAAAUUUUUCUCGAUUGUCGGAGUUGAGAGCUUUAUUUUGACAACUCUGUGCUCCGGCAUGUCCCCGUACAGCUCGCUUUACGAGUUGUUGCUUCAAGCACAGUUCAUGGGACCGUUGAAGCUCAUCAGUGCCUUUUAUCGAUAUCAUUUUGAUAAUAUUAUCAAUCGUUGUGCUAAAGAAAGAGAAAGUCAGAAAAAAGUUGAAUGAAAAUGCGAAAAAAUUGGUAGUUUUUAAAAUAUCUCAUGUAGUGAUUGAAGUUAGUUAAUUAAUUUUAAAUUAGUACAGUGGUGACCUUACCAAGCGAGUGUUGACGACUGUUGUACUUAAUAUUUAUUGAGAAUAUUUUUGUAUGCGCCACAUAGAUAUAUUUUAUCUUGGAAUUUACAAAACAAAUUUUUUUUCAUAAA